UUAAGUAUUCGAUAUUUUAGCAACAUAUUAAUAAUUGUAAUAUUAUACUAAUUGAUUACUAUGUGAAAGGAUUUAUUCGUUUGACGUCAUUAUUCCGGUGAGGGCAGGGGCUGGCGGUCGCUUACGUGGCUAGCUGACGCGUUUGUAGUGCUUAUUUUCCUGUCGGAUUUAUGAAUGUCACGAAUACGGCUAAAUGAGAUGCAAAAAAUAAAUGAUACAUACUUUAGUGGACAUGAUUGGAGUUUGCGGCAUGACAUGGCCUACGAAUCAUUCUGUAGAGUAGUGGUUUCAUAUCAAGAUUAUUUUAAAGUUUCCACCCAGGGUAUUGUAAACUCGGUUUUACGAGCUUUGAAUGGGCACCUGAAUGCAGCGUGUUCCAGGGAAUUGUGGGGAAUGAUAAUAGCAGCAACUUUUCCAAAAUUAGCCAGAUAGUUGUACUUUCUCGCAUCACUGCACUUUAUUAUGCUCGCGUCUUUAAAACACGAGUCUUAUUUUAUUUUAAAACGUAACUAAUAGGCGGUGGACACUAUUCUGUUCUUUUUAAUAAGACAUUGAACGCCACUGCGCUAAAAUGCCUACAGAGUUGAAGCAGAGGAAGAAAACUCCAUCACAAAAACACACGGAUGAAGUUUCUCAAACGUUGGCAGCAAACUGCAGAAAUGAUGCUGACAAAGUGAAGACGGAGGCUGGAAACCGCACUGGAGGCGAGAAUCCGAGUCGGAGUGUGGACAUUAAAAGCCUCAUGUGCUUAUUGUCGCUUGUGGCGUGCGGAGCUCUGAGCUGGAUGGUGCUACGACAGAAUGAGAAGGUUUCCCAAAUUGAAGAGAAAUAUAAAUCACUGCAGGAGAAGACCUCGAGUCUGUUCGACAUGGAGGCAGAAGUCCUGAAGGUGUCGAAAAAGCUUGCCGCCUCUGAGGAUGACCUACAGGAGGCACUCUCCACCGUCUCCUUGGCGACAACGCUCCAGCAGGACAUCUCCACGCUCCACGGCGCUGUCAUGGCGAUGCAGGCGGACGAGAGCUCCGCCUCCCGCGACCUGCAGACCGUCAACGCCCGCUUCCUCAACGUGACGGAGACCUGGCAGCAGCGCCUGGCUAGCAUCUCCUCCGACCUGGCUGCGCUCAAGGCGGAAUCACGGGAGGCGCACACCAGGUCCACGGAGCGGGUGAACGAGGCCGAGCGGAGGGCACGGACGCUGGCAGAGAGGCUGCAGGAGCUUGAAGACAGCACAAAGAGGAACGCCCGAGCGCUGGAGCGCACGGAGGAAGAUGACACCAAGCGGGCGCAGGAUCAGCUGGACUGGAACACCAGACAGAUCCAGAAGCUGGAGGAGCAGAUGACCAGCCUGACCAAGCGGGAGGUGGAACUCAGCUAUGAGUUGCAGGAGCAAAUUCCCCGGUUGCAGGAGUGUGAGGAGCACCUGCCGCAGGUGGAGGAGGCGGUCCGCGCCAUCCUGAGGCUCGGGGGCGAUCUGAGCGGGGCCGAGAAGAAGCUGGAGGAGCUGACGCUGCAGGUGUUUGGGACGGAGGACAGUAUGCUGAAAGCCGUGCAUGAAAUCCUGGAGAUCCGACAGGAGCUGGACACCCUGCAGGCACACAACAGCAUCCUGAAGAUGAAGAACGAGCUGUCCGUGGUCAAAGAGGCGGUCCGUGAACUCACCAUGACGCUGAGGGAAAACAGGGUGGACCGUGAAACGCAGUCUGACACUAUGGGAGAGGAAGGAUGGAAUGAUGAGGAAGAUGAAGAGUGGGAAGAGGACGCCCGGAACGAGCCUCCUCCAGCUUUUCAAGAAAACCUCCCUGAAUGA